AUUCUAGAUUAACUUUUGGAACGCAUAUUCAGAAAUUGAUAGACAAAUGUAGGAAAGGAAUGAAUGUUUUGAGGUGCUUGUCAGGAAUAGGAUGGGGGCAACGUGUCAGUCCCUGAAAUGAAUCUAUUGUGCUGUGAUCAGAUCAAACAUUGAUUAUGGAUGUCUAGUAUACGGUUCUGCGAGCAGGACAUUACUUAAAAAGAUUGAGGUAAUACAAAAUCAGGCUUUGCGGAUUUGUUGUGGUGCAUUUAGAUCAUCCCCGAUAGCCUCAUUACAAGUGGAAAUGGGAGAAUUGCCCCUAGAACUACGCAGGUUCAAGCUCAGACUAAGGUACUGGUACGGUGUAAAGGGUCAUCUGGAAAAUCAUCCGGUUAGACUGAUUUUGAGAGAAUGUUGGGAAUAUGAGUGCAGGGAAAUAUCAAGCUUUGGUUGGAUAGUAAGGAAGGAGGUGGAUAAGUUGGAGCUGAAAAAUCAUGAAAUUGCUCCUUCUGUGGCUUUACCAGCAAUUCCACCUUGGUUGUUUCAUAACCCUGUGAUAGAUCUACAAGUUACGAAGUUAUUGAGUAAUCCGGGGAUGAAUGUGCCAAUUGAACUAAUAGUUCAGCAGUACAUCACUCGAGAGUAUUAUGGUGCACUGCAGGUAUUUACGGACGGCUCUAAAGACCCAGAAUCUGAAAGGACUGCAGCAGCAGUAUAUAUACCUGCUUUUGAGAAAAAGAUUGCAAAAAGACUUUCAGAUCAGGUGUCUGUUUUUGCUACUGAACUUUUAGCAAUCAUACUGGCCCUACAGUGGAUAGAAGAAGUCCAACCAGAAAGAACGGUGAUCUGUAGUGACUCGAUGGCAGCCCUCACUAGUUUAAGAAGUGGUAAAUCCGAAUCGAGGCAAGACUUAAUAUUAGAAAUUUUACAAAGUCUGUUUAGAAUUAGGCAGCUGAGGGUGGAGGUAAAUUUUCUUUGGGUACCUGCUCAUGUUGGUGUGGGUGGAAAUGAAAUGGUGGACAUGCUAGCAAAGAAAGCGCUUAAUCAUUCCCUGAUAGACAUCAAUGUAGCGUUGAGUAGAGCUGAAUUCAAGGCAGUGAUUUCAUCUGAAGUGUGUAAAAGAUGGCAGGAAGUAUGGAACAGUGGGACUAAUGGAAGACAUCUUUUCCUGAUCCAGGAGAAUGUUGGGAAAGAGAGGAAAAGAUUGGGAAAUAGGAGGAAGGAUGUUAUCGUCACACGGCUAAGAAUUGGACACGCUGCAUUAAACAAUUAUCUCUUUAGAAUAGAUCAGUAGGUGGCGGUAAUGCACCUUUCGUUGGUCUGCCAAACCGCCAUAAAACACCACGAGAAGAAGAAGAAGAACAUUGUAAAUGUGAUAAACAAACACACGCUGAAAGAGCGAACAGACACUGUGUGGCUUCCUAAAAAAUGUUAAACCGGUAUGGAGAGUAUUAUACAAACCACCACUGACUAAAAGGGCAGGUGAUCUCCAGUGGAGAAUCUUGCAUGGUGCUGUAGCUGUGAAUGCCUUUGUUAAUAAGAUCAAUCCCACAGUAAGUGAUUCAAGUCCCUUCUGUUUAGAAAGAUUAGAUUAGAUUAGAUUCAACUUUAUUGUCAUUACACAUGUACAAGUACAAGGCAACGAAAUGCAGUUUGGGUCUAACCAGAGUGCAAUAACAGCAAGUGCAGGAUAUAUAGU